AUGACCACCUCUCCCAGCUCCACCAGCGGCUUGGAGGUCCUGCUGUCCACUCUGCAGAAUGCUGGAGAUGUGGAAAGUACCCUCAACAUUCUCAAUGUUCUCGAUGAACUUUUGUCGGCCGGCAGCGACCAUCGCAUCCACUACAUGAUCAGUAAAGGUGGGAGUGACGCCCUGCUCACUGCCCUGGUCAACACAGCUCGCUGCUUCAGUCCCAACUACACCGUGUUGCUUCCAUUGCUGCACCUGCUGGCCAAAGUGGGACACAGAGACCGCAGAAUUGGAAUGAAAGCUGAAGAUGCUGGGGCUGUUGUCCUGACUCUGAAUCUGCUUAAACAAAACUUAAAAAACGCCAAAAGAGCUGCUGCCUGCCUGUGGGUUAUUCAAGUGUUUGCUUCUUCAGUUUCCACUGCAAAUGUGAUUGGAGAAAACUGUGGACUAGAUGUCAUAUAUCGCCUUAUCCCUCAUUAUACCACCAGCAACCUUCACACAAUCAAGGCAGCCAUUAAUGCUUUUGCGGCUGUGCUCUGCACAAAGGCCAACGUCUGCCUGGUGGUAUCCAAGGGCUACAUUUCUGGACUCUUGCGACUGUACGAGGACUGGCACUGUAAGGAUACUCACCAUGUUGCCAUAGCAAUCCGCCAUGCGCUGUUGCAUUGCCUUCAUAAGGUCACUUACAGUACAGCAGGAAGAGAGGCAUUUUUUUCACUUGGAGGUCUCCACCUCAUCUACCAAACAACACAGGCAUGUUUGAUGAACAAAGCUCUCUCAUCCCUCAUCGAGCCCUCAGUUCAGCUCAUGAGAAAGUGUCUGCCAAAAAGCCGCCUGCCUCUGACCUCAGACCUUUCUGCAUACUCCUUUCCAAUACCAGGGCAACCCCACUCUGACCUUCAUGUCAGCGUGGCGUUGGGCGACAGUGAUGAAGAGGAGCCAGAGAGCCACCAGGAGACAGAAAACAACUAUGAUGACGAUUUGGAGACUGACCUGAAUAAACUGCGACAUCGGCCUGAGCCAGACAGAUCUAAAGACGAUCUGGCUCAGUACACCGUCUUUUGCCCUGAGCUCUCUCAUAACUUUCAGGAGCUUGACUCGGGAUCAGAGACAGGAAGAAGUUCACCAUCAUCUUCAUCAGAUGUGGAAGAUGAUCUUUGUUACAGCUGUUCGCCUCACAGCUCUCAGAGGAGUGAUCCUCUCCAAGGGAAAUACUCCAAUGAUUGUAUCCAGUCUGAUUCUCGCAAUUUUCACUCUACGGUCCUUGGCACCAGUCCUAGUUUUAAUGCUAUACCAAAGGGUUCAAGGGAAGAUUUCUUCCUACAGCAAAAUGGUCACAAUGAUGAGAAUGAGGCAGGGGAAGAGAGCUGCCAUCAAACCCUCAUUGAUAGAUUACUGGAGAGAAAUCCUUCCAGUAUUCCUCACCAUGAGCCCAAACUGUAUCGCUCUGCUGCUUCCAAGACCAGAUCCAUCCCCGACUUCAACAUCCUGGGCUUUCCUGACUUCUGGGGUCACAUAUCGCCACAGGGAAAUGAACCUAUGGUUCCUCGCAAGCCCCAUGUCCAGAGGCAGAAAGUGUUUGAGGAUGUCCAACGCUUCCUGAAUCAGGAUGACAUCAUCAACAAGGUUAUUUUUGACUUGGAGGACAGCAGUCUGCAGUGCUCGUCUGACACCACAGAGUCACUCAAGUUCUUCUCCAAGUUUGAAAGUGGAAACCUUCGGACGGCUGUCCAAGUCCGCAGAUAUGAGUAUGACCUGAUUCUAAACAGUGACGUGAACUCCUCUGAUCACAGUCAGUGGUUUUAUUUUGAGGUCAGUAACAUGGAGUCAGGAGUGCCCUACCGCUUCAACAUCAUCAACUGUGAAAAAACCAACAGCCAGUUCAACUAUGGUAUGCAGCCAGUUCUAUACUCGGUGAGAGAGGCUCUUGAGGGGAGGCCACACUGGGUCAGGGCUGGAACUGAAAUCUGCUACUACAGAAACCAUUUUUGCCCCGUUCAAGGCAGGAAAGUGGCCACCUUGUACACACUGACGUUUAGCGUCACUUUCAAACACUGUGAAGAUGUGUGCUACUUGGCUUAUCACUAUCCGUACUCCUACUCGGCCCUGAAGGCCCAUCUGAAGGUGCUGCAGAAGUCAGUUGAUCCUGCCAAAGUAUUUUUCCGACAGCAGACCCUGUGCGGAUCCUUGGCAGAGAACUCCUGUCCACUGGUCACUAUCACUGCCUGUCCGGCCAGUCGAGGCUGGAAGGACCUCCAUCAGUUACGUAACCGCGCCUACAUUGUUCUGACUGGGAGGGUUCAUCCUGGAGAGCCCAAUGCCAGCUGGGUCAUGAAGGGCACUUUGGAGUUUCUCUGCAGCAGUGACCCAGUGGCCCAGAGUUUAAGAGAAACGUUUAUCUUCAAAAUCAUCCCAAUGUUGAAUCCUGAUGGAGUCAUCAACGGGACACAUCGCUGUAAUCUGAACAGUGCGGAUCUAAACCGACAGUGGCUUAGACCAGAUCCUGUCCUCAGUCCAACCAUCUUCCACACAAAGGGUUUUCUCCAUUAUCUGAACAGCACAGGACACACACCUCUGGUGUACUGUGACUACCACGGCCACUCGAGGAAGAAGAAUGUGUUUUUGUACGGCUGCAGUGUGAAAGAAACGCUGUGGCAGUCUGCUGUGGACACUGUUGGUGUUAAAGAAGACCCCGGCUACAGGACCAUUCCAAAGACCUUGGACCGUAUAGCUCCUGCUUUUUCAUUCAACAGCUGCAACUACCUGGUGGAGAAAUCUCGCUCAGCCACAGCCAGGGUGGUUGUUUGGAGGGAGAUUGGUGUACUCCGAAGUUACACCAUGGAAAGCACCUACAACGGUUGUGACCAGGGAAUAUACAAGGGCUUACAGAUGGGAACCAGAGAGUUGCAGGAGAUGGGUGUGAAGUUCUGCCACAGUUUGUUGUCAGUUUCCAAGGACAUCACGACCCUGUACAGCCGGAGACUCAUCAACCACAUUGACCUGGACCACAACACACUGGACCACACUUCAAAUGACUGUUUUGAAGACGAUGAGCCUCCAUGCGUUGAAGAAAUUGAAUAUUCCAAAGACUGUUUCACUUUGAAAGGAGUCGAUCUGGACUCGGACGUCAACAAGAACAUGACCAUCUCAGAUGAAGAUGAAGAUGAAGAGCAGAGGAGCAGCUUCAGUGCACCUCAUCAGUCCACCAAGAAGACAAGACUCUAUCACCUGAUCGCACAGACGUCCGUGGCAACCGAGUGA